UAUAAUAAUUACACAUGAGUUCAAACAUAAUCAAUAAUCCAUCUGAAGCCUCCCUGGGAAUUUGGGAUGGAUCAGAUCAAGAUAUAGAAGAAGAGGAAUGAUCUCCUCAGGUUCCUAAACACACGAACCAGUUUAGAAAUCUGCUGAGGUAUAAUAAAGGAAGAGCUAAUAAAGAUGACUUCCAGGAAGACUCAUGAAUACAUCCGGGUUAUAGACAUAAGAAUUUGAGGUGAAGUAGAGGUAAACUUGACACGAGAGGUUCUAAGCAGCAGAUAAAAAGCAGACCUAAAAGGAAGCUGAAGGACUUCAAACCUAAUACGUAUGAUGCUAAGGCCUGUGCAACAAACACCACAAUAAGCCAAAGAGCCCAGGAUCACAGAAAUCUUGCCUCAUCUAAUGAUGAAAGAUUUGAUGGAUUAUGAAAGAGAUUAGGUCAAGAUUGGUUAGGGAGUGAGUUAGGGUUUAGAAAAAAUUCAUGGAAUUUAAUCAAGAUUAGUGAAAGCAAGAAAAGUAGAAGGAUAAACAAUGCGAUAGAAUUAAAUGAUAUAGAGCCCAAAGGACAAAACAAAGAUCAGGAAUGAAUUUAUAAUCAAGAGCUGUUACUAUUAUUUAUUUGACCAUUUUUCAUGAAUCACUCCUCAAAAAUUAUAUCUCCCUCAUGGAGGUUCUACAUGAUCUUUGAAGCUAGGAGUAACUAAAAGUAGCUCUAAGUGCGUGAAUAGACACCUUCCUGCUAGCUAUAGCUGAAAUUUGCAACCUCAGUCAUUUCUAAAUCAGCCAUAUUGUGAGUUUCAGUCAAAGAUAUUAUUUUGG